AUGCGUUCAUCAAUCCACUUCACGGAUGCCGAGGCGUCGGAUCGGUUCACGAAGAUCAUGGACGGCUCUCCGCAACGAGAUGGUUCCAUUUACAGCGUCACGUCUUCGACCACGCAGGGCCUGGCCGCGAACUUGCUGAAGUGGGUCCGCGCUCGCUGGCGGCGCAUCCGGGAUCCUGAAGUCCUUCCUUACGUGCGGCAGCUGGAGAGGUUGGGCGUCCACCCCUGCGACGUCGGCAUGCACGUGGGACAGGCUGGCCAGGUGCCUGCCGCAAUGGGAGAGCCCCGAGGGCGCCAGGCUACGUCGGACGACUCGGGCGUCAUCACCACAGCGCCUGUGCGUGAUCCCGUCUUCGGGGUGGAUUACGACGAGUACGACUCGGGCGUCAUCACCCCCGCGUUUGUGCAUGCCAAUCACGGUGAAGACCACGCGGCCAUCGAGUGGCAGGUGCCCCGCACGAGCAUGCAGGCCAGCGGCUCUCCAUCGGCGUCCUCCAGCAGCUGGGGCUUGCAGGCGCCCUCGGCCUUGCGCAACGAGGCGACGCCCUGGUACAGCGAGGCGAGCGUCUCCACCUAUCGCAGCGGCGACUCUGGCGGCUGCACCGUCGACUACCCGCCCAGGUCGUUGGGCCUCGGCAUGACGGCCCGCGGAGCCCUGCCCUUCCGAGGCGGGGGCGGCGUCGGUGCAGCGCCCGUGCGCGCGCCCCCGCAAGACCCGAGGAUUCAUCCGCACUGGCACAUCGCCGGUGCCCACAAUGAUCUAGACGUUGGGGAGUACGUCGUCCUUGCCCGCUUCUCCGCCUGA